AUGUCGGAGACGCAGCUCCCGCAGGAGGGUGAAUGGAGGGCCAUACUGCCAAACCUACUCACCAAAGCCGACUUUGAGGUCCUGUCAGACCGUCUAGGCCGUGUAGUAAGGGAGAAGGUGGCUCAGUUACGUGUCGGCCUGGCCAAUGUGGAGGCCUGUAUGUCGGUGGCAGACUCUGAGACCAGGGCAAUCCGCAGGGACCUGGAGCACACAAACUCGACUGUAGCUCACCAAGAAGCAGACAUUGCCAGCCUCACCACGUGGGUAGACGACCUGGACAACAGCGGCCGCAGACUGAACCUGCGCGUCCGCGGGGUUAGGGAAGGUGACCCAGCGGAACACAUACCUGACAUAUUAAAACGACUGUUCACCGUGGGGGGCCAGCAACUACCCAGACUAAGCCUAGUCAGGGCGCACAGGGCAUUGCGACCCAUGCCGGCACCAGAAGAACAACCUAGAGAUAUCAUAUGCUGCCUAGAAAACUACCAACUGAAGACAUUCUGCGCACGGCUCGCCGCAUGGGGACCAUACGCUUUGAGAGCCAAAACAUAUCGAUUUAUCAAGAUUUGUCCCGAUACACCCUGCAAGCCAGGAGAGCCCUACGCCCGGUAA